GGAAAAUUUAAUAUCGAUUUUUCACUUUGUUGUUUAUCCGAUCGAAGGCUUUCCGACUUGUUAUCGCUGCUGCCAAAAUGCGCUACGCCCAGCUCGUAAUGGGGCCAGCCGGGUCGGGAAAGAGUACAUACUGCAGUGUGAUGCAGCAGCACUGCCAGAACAUGAAUCGCACCGUGCACGUCAUCAACCUGGACCCAGCGGCUGAGCACUUUGAGUAUCCCAUAACUGCCGAUAUCCGGGAACUCGUUCACGUUGAGGACGUGAUGGAGGCGGAUGAUUUGAAGCUGGGACCCAACGGAGCUCUGGUCUUCUGCAUGCAGCAUCUGGUUGAGAACUUGGACUGGCUGAAGGAGCAGCUGGGAGAGGGAGAGGAUGACUAUUUCCUGUUCGACUGUCCUGGUCAAAUCGAGCUCUACACCCACUUGCCCGUCAUGAAGCAGCUGGUCAGCGAACUGGAAUUGAUGGACUUCCGCGUGGCCGGCGUCUUCCUCCUGGACUCCCAGUUCCUCAUAGACACGGCCAAGUUCUUCAGCGGCAUUCUGGCGGCAAUGUCGGCCAUGCUCCAGCUGGCCAUCCCUCACCAUAACAUCAUGUCCAAGAUGGACAAGCUAAGCCCCAGCCAGCAGGCCGAUGUCGAGCGCUACCUGGAGCCCAAUGCUGAGCUGUUGCUGAUGGACCUGCGCCAGACGUCCAAUGCCAAGUUUCAACUGCUCAACGAGGCUCUGGCUGGCUUGAUUGAUACGUCCUGCAAUGUCUCCUUUCUUCCUCUGAACAUCAACGAUGAAGAGAGUAUUAGCAAUGUAAUGCUCUCUGUCGAUCUUAUUAUUCAGUAUGGCGAGGACCUGGAUGUCAAAGUUCCCGUGGAUGCUGAAGAGGAUGGUGACGAGGAUUGAGAGGUGUAGCUUUGGCCGCGAAUGUUGGCACUCAGUUGUCGCAUUACGGAGUUGUUGGACCGAGGUAGCCGGAAAACACGCACCACUGCGCCCUUGUGGAAAUUAUCUUUCCUGCCGUGCAAGACAUUGCCGCGCCUGUGUUACAAUUCUCUCUCGCCGUGAAAGACAUCCCCGCUCUGCCCGUGUAGCAAUUCGUUCUCGCCGUGAAAGACAUCCCCGCUCCGCCCGUGUUACAAUAACUUUUGUUCUCGCCGUGAAAGACAUGCCUGCUCAGAGCUGAUAACAAUUCCCUGUGGCUUUGAAGGAGUAGCAGCCAAAGUCGGCCAUGCUAUCAUGUCAUAUGCUGUCCUGGCAUGGAGCACGCGGGGUCAUGGCACCAUGAACAAACUGUCCAGCUGUGCGCAUGGAUGCACCUCUGGGCGUGUAGUGCCAUCUCUUCUCUCGACCGUCACACACUACCAGACACAGUCGGAAAGGAGGCCAGUUCUCCACUACGCUGCUGCUGCUGUGUGUGUGUGUGUGCAUGCGUAUUAGGGUCUGUAUCGUAUGUGUAUGGUAGCCACCAUUGACCUGGCACUCAAGCAAGAGUUCGACGCCACUGCAGUCCCUUUCCACGGCGCUGGUACACAGACUCUGGCAGGCAACCGGCGGCUCUAAAUACCAACGGAUGACAUUAUUUAUGCUCCUGUAGGCUGGUCUCACAUCAGCAUUGUUCCCAUGUCAGUGGAACUCAAUGGCUUUUCACAACUGUUUCUCUCUCGCUAGCGAGCAUCAGCUGGGGCCAUUGCUUGUGAUCCCCGCCUCGUAGGCUGCUGUUUUUCUUCCUAGUUGGCUUUCAGUCCAUGCUGGUUUGGUUCUCCUUGUGUCCGGUGUAGGCCAAUGUACUGUGCCGUAGGUACUAGUAGUCGAUGUGCUUGCCCAGCGGACUAAGCUGGUGCUGUUUAUUUUUAUUUCAUUUUUCAUUUUUUCCAUCUCUUCUUGUUUAUUGAAAGAAGGUAACACAGCA